UAAAUAUAAUGAAGGGAUUGGCUCGAAAUGUUGAGCUAAUGAUAGGCAGGUAAAAAUAUCGCGUUGGUCAUGCAUGGCUGUGACAUUGUUGAAUGGAAACUGCCAGCACUAGUAGACACGUUUGUUUGACAUGAACGGAGGGAAAUUAAGCUAACAUCGAAAUGGAAACUUACGGGAGACAAGUGACCGUUGCUGUGAAUCUCUGAGCGAAGAUGGCCGUCUUUCAGAACAACUUCUGGGGGGAGAAGAAUGCCGGCUUUGAUGUGCUCUACCACAACAUGAAGCAUGGCCAGCUGGCAACCAAGGAGCUGGCUGAGUUUGUCCGUGAGAGUGCUGCUGUUGAGGAGACCUACUCCAAAUCGAUGAGCAAACUGGCCAAGAUGGCCAGCAACGGAAGUCCGCAGGGGACUUUCGCUCCCAUGUGGGACGUUUUCAGAGUGUCUUCAGACAAACUGGCCCUCUGUCACCUCGAGCUGAUGAGGAAGAUGAACGAUCUCAUCCGGGAAAUCAACAAGUACGCAGACGAGCAGGUCAAAAUUCACCGCAAGACAAAGGAGGAGAUGGUGGGGACGGUGGAGGCGGUGCAGGCGCUGCAGGCUCAGAGCGGUCACCUCCAGAAGUCAAAGGAGGUUUACCACUCCAAGUGUUUGGAGCUGGACCGGCUCAGGAAGGAGGGAGCUCCACAGAAAGAAGUGGAGAAAGCGGAGCUGAAGUCUAAGAAAGCGGCUGAGUCAUUUGCGCUGUGCAUCGAGAAGUACAACCGUGUGGGAGGCGAGUUUGAGCAGAAGAUGAGCGAGUCCUCCCAGAAGUUUCAGGAAAUCGAGGAGGCUCACCUGCGGCAGAUGAAACAGCUGAUCAAAGGUUACUCCCACUCCAUAGAAGACACCCACGUGCAGGUGGGACAGGUUCAUGAGGAAUUCAAGCAGAAUGUGGAAAACAUCAGCACCGAUAACCUCAUUAAGAAAUUUGCGGAGCAGAAGGGCACGGGCAAAGACCGGCCAGCUCUGGUUGGUUUUGAGGAAUACAUGACAGCUUUGGCACCCGAAGGUGGGAAGAAGAGUCGAUCGAAAGCCUUCAGGAUCCCUGGCCUGGGGAAGAGGGACAAGGAGCCAGACUCUACAGAUUCAGCAGUGACUGAGGCGCUGAGCUCACCCCUGGAAGUCGACGAUGAGGGAUUUGUCAUCCGAGCCGACAGCACGCAGAAUGGCUGCUGUGAGGAGAAGGAGACCAACUUUUACUCCAGCGACUCGGACUUUGAUGACGAGGAGCCCAAGAAGUUCCACAUCCAGAUCAGGCCGAUCGCCAGCAGCAACCGCAGCAACCCCGCUGCCACGGAGAAAGAGCUGAAAGCCACCGUCGGGGCGCUCACUCUGCCGCCGAACAGAGGCGCACGGCAACAGGUGUCAGUCAAGCGACAUCUCUCCAGAAACUCGAGUACUGCAGGAGGUCGCUCAGAAGAGGGCGAAGGAGCCUCCCACAGAGAUGGGGAGCAGGAGGGCCUCCGUAGGUCCACCUCCAGUCCUGAUCACAGCGGGUUGAGUUCGACGGCUUCGGGCUCAGACAGUUUGUUCGGGCCGCCGUUGGAAUCGGCCUUCAAGUCCAAAAGCUUCGAUGGUCGGGAACAACUCAGAGAGCGCAACGCUUUUGGUGCCUCUGAAUAUGCUGCCUUCUCAUCUGACUCCUCCUCUCCGGAGAAUGUGGAAGACUCCGGCCUGGACUCACCGUCCCAUCAACCCCUUGGGCCCUCCCCAGAGCCGGUGGGUUGGGCAGCUUGGCCUCCCGUCUCACAGAGUAAAGAACAAACACAGACACUGGGACGGCCUGCGGACCCUUUCCUCUCUGCUUUCCGCGACCCCUCCCCCGGCCGGAGUCCUCACCUGCAGGAUGACCCUGCCAGUGUCUGGUCAGUUGCCCCGGCACGUUCCCCUCAUGUCCCCCCUGACAUGGACCCCUCAUCCAUGCGGUUCCCGGCUUUCUCCCAGUCCCUCCCACCACCUGAGAUGGAGUCGUCGGUGUGGAACUGCAAACACAUCCCCCCCGAGGACCCCUUCCUUGCUGCAUUCGAGAGGACUGUCACGCAAGAGACUUUAAACUUAUCGGAGGCCUGGGCGCGCCCGCCGCCUCGCCCGACCCAGGAGGGCAGAGGGUUGGAGGUACGAGGGGACCCGUUCUCCAUGACUCUCUGCAACACCAAGACACUCCCAACCUCAUCCUCCUCCUCCUCUUCAUCCUCCUCUAAUCGUAAAGACAGAGACAGGAAACGAGACCGGAGCCUCCCGCCUCCUGUUUCCUCUGACGACCCGUUUGCGAUCACGAUGAUCGGCAGCCCGACGCACCAGUCGAGUUUGGCUGCAGCAGCUGGCUUAAUCCCUCCACGGAGCAGCAGCAGCAGCAGCAGCAGCAGCAGUAGCAGCAUUAUUGUUGGCUCUGCCGGCAGCAGUAGGCUGGGACUUGACGUUAGCUCAAGCUCUUUGCCCACAGCUCAACCCAAAAAGGAGCUGAUGCACUGGAACUCUGUGCACAACCCGUUCAGCGAAGGCGUCUCUGGAGCUCCGAGCGGCUCCACGACGCAGGAGGGAGGGGGGAAAGGGGAGGGAGGAGAGAGGAGAAAACACAGGUCAUCCGAGAGCGAGCCACGCAGGAACGCCCCUCCACUCACGAGGCAUUCAGGGCCUCAGGAGGAUCUGUGUUUUUCCACAGACAAAGAUCAGGACUGCCUGGAUCUGAACACGCAGAUGACAUGCAGCAUCGCCGCUCACAAGGGGUCCAAGCAUAACUUCAGACAGGACGCAGCUGAACUGGUCGCAGCUGCUCCUCCGAGAGCCGCCCGAGCCAAGAGGACUUCAGGCCGACUCAGCGGCUGUGAGAGGUCCCGCUCUCUGUGCUCCUCUCCGCUGCCGGAGCCCAGCCCCUCCCUCACCUCCUCCUCCUCCUCCAGCCCCAGCGAGUGGGGGCCUCAGGCCAGGGACAACGACUGGGGGGGUCAGAACCGAGUGCCCAGUCCUGCCAGGACAGGACAAGUGUCUCCGCUGCCCUGCCAGCACCAGGAGCACCAACAAAAGCAGCUGCACCUGUCGCGAGGUCCAAGCCCCAUUUCGCUCAGCACCCAGGAGGCCUGGCCGGUGGCAGCAGCCAUAACAGAAUACAUCAACGCCUACUUCAAAGGCGGACAGCACAACCGAUGUCUGGUGAAGAUCACGGGCGACCUGACGAUGUCCUUCCCUGCUGGCAUCACCCGGAUUUUCACGGCCAACCCCAACGUUCCCGUGCUGAGCUUCAGACUGGUCAACAUCUCAAGGAUCGACCGUUUCCUGCCAAAUCAAAAGCUGCUCUACAGCGAUCCGUCACAGAGUGACCCGGACACCAGAGACUUCUGGUUCAACAUGCAGGCUCUGCAGCUCUACCUGCAGAGAGAAGCUGAACUCAACCCUCAGGCCUCGUACUACAACGUCGGUCUGCUCAAGUAUCAGGUGUCGUCUCAGGACCCGGGUCGGGCUCCUCUCCUGCUGUCUGCCGAGUGUCAACGCAGCGGCACGGUGACCCGGGUGUCCCUGGAUUACCACUGCUGCCCCGCCACCGCGCCCUCCACCCAGCUCACCGCCGUCCAGGUGCUGCUGCCUUUGGACCACACCGCCACAGACCUGCAGUGCCAGCCGCCGGCCUCCUGGAACGCUGAGGAAAGACGGCUGCUGUGGAAACUCCCCAACCUCUCCCCGACCAAUCACAGCAAAGGAUCAGGGACUCUGUGUGCCAGCUGGCAGUGCCUGGAGGUCCCCCGCGGUCCUCCACCCAGCCUGGCUGUUCAGUUUGUGGGCUCCGGGGCCUCGCUGUCGGGGAUGGACGUGGAGCUCGUGGGCAGCCGCUACCGCAUGUCGCUGGUCAAGAAAAGAUUCGCCACAGGGAAGUACAUGGCGGGCUGCUCCUUGUGAUUCACGCGAAGGACCACGACUGCGGUUUCAGAGAACUUUGCACUUACCGAAUCGACGGCUGGACUUUCGGAUGCGGAGAUUCGCGGUAAGACGUUAAAACGGAAGACGAGGCACCUUGACACUCUGGAAGGACAAUGUGCACUCUGGUGUUCUGCUGCUUUAGGACCAAGACUUUUCUUCUUCUUCUUCUUCUUUCCCUCUAAUUUAAGUUGUGUGUUGUACAUUCAGACUCUUUUUUUUAAUUUCUAUUCAGUCUCUUCAUUGUGUUCUGAGGCUGCAAACUAAGCUACAUGUCGGGACGUUUCAUUCAUCAUACAGAGGAAAGGGAAACGUGUGAAUUAAGUUAAACAUAAAACUGUCUGGAACUGAAACUAGGAUUUUUAAAUUAUGUAAAUACUGUAUGGAAGAAAUCUCUAGAGAAUCUUAAAUGGGUCAAACGAGUCAUUUGUGAGCAAAGAUCCUCCACCAAACCUUAGAAAAGAAAUGUUUGUAAAUCAGCUGUUUGUUCCAAAUAGAAGUUUUGUGACGUUGACAUUUGAUAAAAAUAAAUGUGCUCAAACGUU